CGGGCAGCAAGAUGGGUGAUCCGUGCGCGGGUGGCGAAGCAAGAGGCCGCCAACAGGGAGAAGCAACAGGAAGAAGACAACAUUGCUCUGGCCCAGGCCCAAGGUAGCAUGAUGGGGUGUGCAUGCUGUUACGACGAGUUCCCCAUAAACCGCAUGGUUCAUUGCAACGAGAAGCAGUGGUUCUGUAUCGGCUGCGCGAGACAAAAUGCGGAAACCGUCGUCGGCAUGUCUAGAUACGAACUGAAGUGCAUGUCCAUGGAUGGUUGCUCCGCGGGCUUCUGCGCAGGCCAGCGCGCCCUCUUCAUCGACCCUAAGCUGGCAGCUGCUCUAGAACGCAUCGAAGACGAAGCCGUGCUCAGAAUGGCUGCUAUCACCAACCUGGAGACGUGUCCGUCAUGCCCCUAUGCUGCCGAGUAUCCUCCCGUCGAAGAAAAUAAGGAGUUCCGGUGCCAGAACCCCGACUGUCUCUUGGUCAGCUGCCGCCUCUGCAGGCAAGACACUCACAUACCCAAGACAUGUCAGGAAGCGGCCCAUGACUCUGGCAUAUCUGCUCGAAGGCAGAUAGAGGAGGCCAUGUCGGCUGCUCUCAUCCGAAAAUGCAACAAAUGCCAAACUCCUUUCGUCAAAAUAGAGGGAUGUAACAGGAUGACCUGCCCGCAACCGGGCUGUCACAACGUCCAAUGCUACGUCUGCUCCCAGUCUUGCGCGUACAAUCAUUUUGACGACGAACGUCGAGGCGGCCGAGCGGGCAACUGUCCGCUGUUCGACAGCCUAGAGGAGCGUCACCAGGCAGAAGUGCGGCGAGCCGAGGAAGAGGCUCGUCGCAAGGUCAUGGCAGAAAAUCCCGCCGUGGACCCGCGGUUGCUGCAGUUCCGCAUGUCGAAGAAGGCGGUGAAGGUGGAUCGUCGACGGCAGAAUGAACUGGAUCGUCGACGGCAGAAUGAAUUGGAUCGUCGACGCCAUGAAGAGGCACUAGCCGCCGCGCUGCAUGCCUCAGGCUUGUGCUAG